AUGGGUUAACGAACUUUAGGAUCAGCAUUGAGCAGGUGCUUAUUGCGAUUUUCCUCAUGCUGGUGAUGAGUGGGGUAGCCCCGUGGGCUAAGAAGUUGCUCACGGUAACCCCGACAGAGCAUGACUUCUUUGAUCUUAGGGGGCCGGCGGUGUACUGCCUAGUGUCACCGUGGUGCACGAGGUUGUACAUGGAAAAGACAGUUCGUGGUGCAGGUGAAAGGUGGUGGGAACACAUCCCGUGUACAGAAUCAGGCAACAACGAGCAUGCCCCCAAGUUGUACACCUUUUUGAAGGUGUUCAGAUGGCAGAAGUACCUAGUCCUCCCGCUAGCAGCGGGGAUUAGAGACGGUCUGCAGGUACUGGAGAAGACGCUGAUACACAGGUUCUCCCCGGCACUCAAUGUGGUUGGUCGUUACGGAGGGACGAAGCAGAAGGCGAGGCCUGGUAAGAGAGAGAGGCAGAAGGGGAAAGUGCCUAUACCAAGCGGUAGAAGUGGACUGUUGUCCUUCUCACUAGCAGGGCAAGGGAAGCGGCACUACAACUUAGCUGAGCUCCUAGAAGAUGCCUAUGCAGCAGGGAAGAGAAUGGUGAAGUUCGAGUCAUCCGGAGGAGAGGUGUGGGGAGAGAAGUGGUCCGUUGUCCGAAGGAAACUCGGGACGUCAACGGUCGCAGGUGAGAAAGCGAAACUCCCCCUAGGGAGGUCUAAGCUGCUAUUGGAGGAAGGAGGGAUGUUCAGGGUCGCACCAAUCGUGAAGACUGAGAGCGCAUGGUGCAGGGGCAAGGGCUACCUUAGGCUGCUGCUGGAGCUGCCAAGGAAACGAGCUGAGCUUAAAUACUUUGAUGUCUCGAAACUGGUCUUCCUUUACCGUUGUGCUAGGGAAUUCAAGACAAAGACCUCGAGGAGAACCCUGAAGGAAAUGAUAGCCGCAGUGAUCAAGAAGAAAACGGGAGUGAACAUCAAGCUGAAGAUUAACGCGAGGGUGAAGUAUAGCCACCGAGUGAUACAGCACAAGACCAACGGACGUGCAAAAGGCGGUAGGGCGAUCCUUGGAGGCUGUCAUGAGGAGGGAUCUGUAUCAGCUAGCGGAGCUGAUGCAUUUAUGGGAGAUUGUAUCGGAACGUGCAGAGGAAAGACCGACAUGUUCGGAAAGCAGGCGUGGCAAUUAGCAGCAAAGCUAAGCCACCUAGUGGUGGUCCCGGUGGACAGGAACCAAGGUGACGUAGUAAUCAUGUGUCCGUCUACAUACCACCACGACCUCCAGCUGAUGUUCAACCUCAACGUUGCCUACCAGCAAGUUUCGGGGGUGUCCGAAAAAGAAGUACUCGCUCGAGUAAGGACGGAGUUCAAAGAUCGGGACCUCCAGAAGCUAGGGGCCUGGAAUCCAAAGGCGAAGCUUGGGCAAGUGUAUGUCCUCCCAAAGCAUAAGGACUUGCUCAGGUGGAGGCCUAUUGCACCAGCUAAUGCAGAAGGAUCCAAGACAGCGGGGAGGAGGCUAGCGCGGGCCCUGAACUUCCUACUUAAGAGAGUUCCAAAAGCCAAACACUUCAACCUGAAGGUUACGACACUGUUGAAACAAAACCUGAAGAAGACGGAGAAGGAAUUGAGUAUUUUCGGUGAGAAUUCAAUGGCCCUGGUAAACAGCUUUGACAUCAAAGAGAUGUUUACGUCACUCCCGCACCAAGAGAUUGUCCGGGUCACCGAUUGGCUGCUGCAACAGUGGGAAGCGAGAGGGGUGUUCAAGAUGAGCCUCAGUAGACGGGGCCGUGUAGUAAUCCUCAACCGGAAGAGCCCAGGACCUGGCUAUGUCACGGUUAAGUUUUCUCAGAUCCGGCGGAUGGUUAGCUAUGAGCUGGAGAAUACGUACAUCGUAUGUACGAAGAAGAUUCUCAAGCAGGUAGUGGGUAUCCCUAUGGGGGAAAACUCUAGCUCCUCACUAGCCUGUAUAUUGUGCGCAAAGUACGAGGUAGACUUUAUCAACGCACUGGGGGCAGAUCAGAGGCUGAUACACGGUGUCAGGCUGGUCGACGAUGUGACGAUAGCGUGUGUCCAGCUGCUGGCUGAUGGUGGCUGGCGCUGCGAAGGUGCUGAUAUCACCUAGCAUUGCCACUACGUGAUCGACGCGCUCCUCCAGUUGGCGGGCAGAGGGUGCGCUGCUGGACUCGC